UCCAUUCCCCCCCUCCGCAACCUCCACCUUCAUCUCUCAUUGCCAAAAGAGCAGUGUGCAAUGGUGACAAUGAGUCCCAUUGCCACUGUGAUCAUCUUCAUCCUCAUGUUACUCCUAGUUUUGUUAUCCCUUGCUUACUUCACUUACUCUAUACUCUUAAAAACUCGACCGGCUGACCGGAAAAAACCAGUACUUCCACCUGGUUCUAUGGGCUGGCCUUACAUAGGAGAAACCUUCCAACUUUAUUCCAAGAACCCCAACACUUUCUUUGCUCUCAAACAGAAGAGGUAUGGAUCCAUAUUCAAAACACACAUAUUGGGAUGUCCAUGUGUGAUGGUUUCAAGCCCGGAAGCAGCGAAGUUUGUGCUGGUGACUAGAGCACACUUGUUUAAGCCAACGUUUCCGGCGAGCAAAGAGAGAAUGCUCGGACGUCAGGCUAUAUUUUUUCAGCAAGGUGAUUAUCAUGCUCGUUUGAGAAGGUUGGUUCUUAGAGCUUUCAUGCCUAGUGCUAUCAGAAGGACUGUUGCUGAUAUUGAGGCUGUUGCUGUGAGGACUCUCCGGGCUUGGGAUGGCCGGAGAAUUAAUACUUUUCAGGAGAUGAAGACGUAUGCUUUCAAUGUGGCACUGUUGUCAAUAUUUGGAAAGGAUGAGAUUGAGCACAUAGAGGAAUUGAAAGAGUGUUAUUAUAGAUUGGAGAAAGGUUAUAAUUCCAUGCCUAUUAAUCUCCCUGGCACUCUCUUUCACAAGGCAAUGAAAGCAAGGAAAGAGCUUGAAAGGAUUGUGAGUAAAAUACUAGCAUCAAGAAGGAAGAAGCUGGUUGAGUUCAAUGACUUGCUUGGCUCUUUCAUGGAAGCUAAAGAAGCACUUACUGAUGAACAAAUAACUGAUAAUAUCAUCGGUGUUAUCUUCGCCGCAAGGGAUACAACGGCGAGUGUACUCACUUGGAUUGUUAAGUACUUGGGUGAAAAUCCUAGUGUUUUACAAGCGGUCACAGAAGAACAAGAGGAGAUAAUGAGGAGUAAAGAGAUAGAUGGGGACAAGUACUUGAAUUGGGAUGACACUAAAUUGAUGCCAAUGACUUCAAGGGUGAUCCAAGAGACCAUGAGAGUUGCUUCUAUCUUAUCCUUCACUUUCAGAGAAGCUGUGGAGGAUGUGAAUUUUGAAGGAUAUCUCAUACCGAAAGGAUGGAAAGUAUUGCCAUUGUUUAGAAACAUUCACCAUAGCCCAGACAACUUCCCAGAGCCUGAGAAGUUUGAUCCCUCUAGAUUUGAGAGGUCUCCAAAGGCUAACACUUUCAUGCCAUUUGGGAAUGGGACCCAUUCUUGCCCUGGAAAUGAGCUUGCAAAGCUGGAGAUGCUUGUCCUACUGCACCACCUCACAACCAGAUACAGGUGGUCUUUGUCUGGUUCUGAAGCAGGAAUUCAGUUUGGUCCUUUUGCUCUCCCUCUCAAUGGCUUGCCCAUUUCCUUCUCCCUCAAAACAUGAGGCUAUAUACUUAAUUUAAUACUUAUCAAAAACAUAUAUUAAUCUCUAUAUAUAUAUAUAUAUAUAUAUGGUAUUGAAUUUAUAGGAAAGAGAAACAAGUUCUUCACAAGGAGAAAGACACAUGAAGGGAUAAAUAAAACCUUCAAACUAGAGAAUGUUCAUGGGGGAACGUUGCAAAGGCCACUUCUCUCAAACUUUGAUAGACAUGAAGAAAUUCAUUUUCAUUUAGAAUAAAGAUUAUGAUAAUUAAUAACUUUGUAUCUUUCUCUUCUCUUUUUCCUGUUUUCAAUAAGUAUUGCUGUACUGAAUUCAAAACUGUGAAAUUGACUACCUGCUUAUCUUCAA